AUGGCAGCGGUGGACGGCGCGCCGACCUUUGGCGCCGAGCUCAAGGACGGCUUCAGGCCCGCCAGCGCCUGGGUCAGCCACGGCAUCGCCUGGCUCGACGAGAUCCAGCAGUUCUACCGCGACCGCUCCGCCAUUGAGCGCGAGUACAGCGCCAAGCUCGGCGGCCUCGCCAAGCGCUACUUCGACAAGAAGAACAAGCGGUCCGCCCAGCUGAGCGUCGGCGAAUCCCCGACCAUGACGCCCGGCUCGCUCGAGAGCGCCUCCAUCACCACCUGGGCCACGCAGCUCACCACCCUCGAGGCCCGCGCCGCAGAGCACGACCGCUUCGCCGCAAACCUCGCCCAGCACGUCGCCGAGCCUCUUAAGCAGAUUGCCGCCCGCUUCGACGAGCUCCGCAAGCGCCACGUCGAGUACGCCGACAAGCUCGCCGUCGAGCGCGAUGCCUCGUACGCCGACCUGCGCAAGGUCAAGGCCAAGUACGACGCCGCCUGCCAGGACGUCGAGGCCAAGCGCAAAAAGUCCGAGUCCCACUACGACAAGGCAAAGGCCCAAAGUGCCUACCGCCAGCAGAUCCUCGACAUGAACAACGCCAAAAACACCUACCUCAUCGCCAUCAACGUCACCAACCGCCAGAAGGAAAAGUACUACCACGAAUACGUCCCCGAGCUCAUGGACAGCCUUCAGGACCUCAGCGAGUUCCGCACCAUCAAGCUCAACGCCCUGUGGGGCGUCGCUGUCCGCCUUGAGACCGACAUGCUGCAGCAGAGUCACGGCAUCGUCGGCCGCCUGGGCGCCGAGAUCACGAGGAACGAGCCGCACCUCGACUCGCUCAUGUACAUGCGCCACAACGUGGGUGCCUUCCAGGAGCCCCUCGACAAGGAGUUUGAGCCGAGCCCCGUCUGGCACGACGACGACGCCAUGGCCAUCGACGAGACGGCAAAGGUCUACCUGCGCAACGUCCUGACCAAGUCAAAGUCCCAGCUGGGCGAGCUCCGGAGAGAGGUGGACAAGAAGCGCAGAGAGGUCGAGAGCGUCAAGAAACUGAGGCUGCGCGUGCGCGACGGCACCGAGCAGAACAAGGACGAGGUCGAGGUUGUGCGCACCCUCUUCGCCAUGCAGGAGGACCUGCACAGCGUCGACCGCCGCCGCCUGACGGCCGAGAUCGAGACGUCGACCAUCACCUCCGUCGUUGGCGACGUCACCCUCGGCGCCAAGAACCACAACUUCAAGGGCCAGACGUUCAAGAUCCCCACAAACUGCGACCUCUGCGGCGAGCGCAUCUGGGGCCUGAGCGCAAAGGGCUUCGACUGCAGGGACUGCGGCUAUACGUGCCACAGCAAGUGCGAGAUGAAGGUGCCCGCCAACUGCCCUGGCGAGCAAAGCAAGGAGGAGCGCAAGAAGCUCAAGGCCGAGCGCCAGGAGGCCGCCAACACACUCCUUGCGCCCGAUGCCGGGCCCCCGGCGCACGUCGCCGAGCUGCCCGACCUGUCGCGCUCCAACACCAUGAAUUCUCUCAGCUCGCGCUCCGCUCGGCCCUCUCUGGCCGGGUCCGCCUCGGGCGCGCCACCCGCCGACGACAGUGGCGGUGCUGACGGGACGCCGAAGGCCGCCGCCCCGUCAGUCAAGGCCCUGGCUCCGGCCCCCGCGCGGAAGCGGGUAAUGGCGCCUCCGCCCGCGGCGUAUAUCAGCGAGCUGCCCGGGAGCGACGUCAACGGCGCCAGGGAGGAGGAGAAGAAGAAGGGCAAGAUGCUGUACUCGUUCGAGUCCAGCGGAGAGGGGGAGCUGUCUGUGCCGGGAGGCAGGGAGGUGGUCCAGCUUGGGCCCGACGACGGCUCCGGCUGGGUCAAGGUCCGCGCCGGGUACAAAGAAGGCCUCGUCCCCGCGACCUAUGUCGACUUCUCAUCCCCAACGCCCCCUCCCGUCACGGCCCCGCGCCCCUCGUCGACCUACUCCAACUCGACGACGUCGUCGACGGCCGGCGCACCCGCGUCCGCAUCCGCCGCCGCCAAGAAAAAGGGCCCCGCCGUCGCCCCCCGCCGCGGCGCCAAGAAGCUGCGCUACGUCGAGGCCCUGUACGAGUACGCCGCGCAGAGCGACGCCGAGCACUCCAUGGUCGAGGGCGAGCGCUUCGUGCUCGUCAAGGACGACCCGGGCGACGGCUGGGUCGAGGUGGAGAAGGCCGGCGUCACGGGCAGCGUGCCCGCGAGCUACGUCCAGGCCGCCUAG